GGAAAUAAGGAAGUGUUGUGUCAAACAGAAACAGGGCCGAGUCUUGUCUCGUCUCCGGAGAGGACUCGCUAACAACAUUUCACGCUCUUGUAGGACACGGAGCUGAGGACAGAGACGGACAGCGGCAGUAGUUUAUCACUAAUUUAUGAAAAUGGCUUUAAAGCGCUCGUGUCCGCUGCUCUUAUUAAACUGUCUCCUUAUCUGCGUCACUUUGUGGAGCAACCUGAGCAACGGGGUGGUUGCCAAAUCAUCCCGGAGACCCAACAUUGUUCUGAUCCUCACCGACGACUUGGACAUCGCUAUCGGGGGUCUGAGCCCACUCACCAAGACGAAAAAACUCAUCGGUGAUGCAGGGAUAUCGUUCACAAACGCAUUUGUGGCCAGCCCGCUGUGCUGCCCCAGCCGAGCCAGCAUCCUGACGGGGAAAUACCCCCACAACCACCACGUCAUCAACAACACGUUAGAGGGAAACUGCAGCAGCAAAGCUUGGCAGAAGAGCGAGGAGGCCCACACCUUCCCCGCACUGCUGAAGACAUACGCCGGCUACCAGACCUUCUUCGCUGGGAAAUAUCUCAACCAGUAUGGGCACUCAGAGGCUGGUGGAGUGGAGCAUGUUCCUCCAGGCUGGAACUACUGGGUCGGACUGGAGAAGAACUCUAAAUACUACAACUACACUCUGUCAGUGAACGGGAAGCCGGAGACACAUGGAGCCGACUACAACAAAGACUACCUGACAGACGUCCUGGCCAACAGGUCUCUGGACUUCCUCCAGUAUAAAUCAAACUACCAGCCGUUCUUCAUGAUGGUGUCCAUCCCGGCCCCCCACUCCCCGUGGACCGCAGCCCCUCAGUACCAGAACAGUUUCAACACCACCAAGGCUCCCAGAGACCCAAACUUCAAUGUACACGGGAAGGACAAACACUGGCUGAUUAGACAGGCUAAAACCCCCAUGACCAACUCCUCUGUUCAGUUUCUGGAUGAUGCCUUCAGGAAACGGUGGCAAACUUUGCUGUCGGUGGACGACCUGGUGGAGAAAAUAGUGAAGAGGUUGGAGGUCAGAGUUGAACUGGACAACACGUACAUCUUCUUUACCUCUGACAACGGCUAUCACACAGGUCAGUUCUCUCUUCCUCUGGAUAAGAGGCAGCUCUACGAGUUCGAUAUCAAAGUCCCUCUCAUGGUCAGAGGACCAAAUAUCAAGCCCAACCAGACCAGCCAGAUGCUGGUGGCGAACGUCGACCUCGGCCCGACCAUCCUCGACAUCGCUGGCUACAACGUCAACAAGACGCAGAUGGACGGCAUGUCCUUCCUGCCCAUCAUGGAGGGGAAGAUGAACAGCAGCAGCUGGAGAACAGACAUCCUGGUGGAGUAUGAAGGAGAAGGAAGCAACGUGACCGACCCCUCGUGUCCUCUGCUUGGACCUGGAGUGUCGGAGUGUUUCCCAGACUGUGUGUGUGAGGACUCGUACAACAACACCUACGCGUGUGUGCGCACAGUCGCCCCCUCUGCCAACCUGCAGUACUGCGAGUUUGAUGAUAAUGAGGUGUUUGUUGAAGUCUACAACGUGACAGCAGACCCUUACCAACUGACCAACAUCGCAAAGACCAUCGACCAGGAAGUCCUGGAGAAGAUGAACCACCGGCUGAUGAUGCUGCAGUCCUGCUCAGGACAGUCGUGUCGGACUCCCGGCGUGUACGAUACAAGGUAUAAAUUUGACCCCCGACAGAUGUUUACGGACCACAGCUGGCGGCUCAGCAGACUCAGACAGAAGAUGAAGUAAGAAGGAUGGAGGGAUGAGAUGGAGGAAGAAGGGCUGUAAUGGAAAUUGUACUCAGCCUUUCCUGCUGUUGUUGCCUUGAUGUCAGGCCUCCUGAGCCAGUCUCUGUGUAGCUGGAUGGAGAAGGGAUCAGGUGGGGGUGGGGGGGUUGUGGGAAAGGUAUCACAUUUUGGGUGGGUUUCCAUAGAGACUGGAGGCCUCUCUGGGUGCAGGACCCACAUUUAAAACUCCACACUGGGCUGCUUUUUAGUGAAUUUGUCAGUAGGUGUGCAGGGGUGGAUUUUACUCUCACAAGCCAUUAAUUCCUGUUUUCUUGUAAAGUGUUAUUUUGUGUUUACACAGUUAAUUUAAAGUCCUAAAAACUAGUGACAAACAUCAAACCCAGUUCUUAUACAUUCAUGUUUGUUAUGUCUGUUACUCUUGUCAUGUGAUAAUGACACGAACAUCAAGAUCAAAAGGUCAAAGCUGAACAAAAGGUGAACUCUGACCCGUGGGCGGAUGAUUGAGCGAAUACUUGUCAGACGUGUGAUGUGAGCCUACCUUAGAGAAUAAGAAAGAGAACUGGGUUAUAGAGCAAGAAAAGAGUGCCACCUACAGGUAAAUUCACAAACAGGCAGUCCAACAGGAAACACAUCUCACAGACAUGAGUGCCUACUGACAGAGACAGAGAUCAAGGCCGACAUACAUUCACCCCCCCGCCCCAUUCAAUGUUACUUCCACAGUUAACUUCAUAUUAAUGGACUGAAUGACUGAAUAGUUCUUAUACACUGAAAGUAGCCAACAUGUGGUUUGAUGGUGGUUUUAAAAGGUAAACUUAAUGCCAAUUUGGACCCGGCGUGUACGAUACAAAAUGUUUUUGUCACAUUAAGUCAAAUGAGUUGAAAUCUAUGGAAGCCCAUUCACACCAAUUUGAUGAAAGAAAAAGGUUCUGCAAGUCAUGAUAAUGAUAUUUUUUCAUUGAAAUAAUGACUUAAGUGAGUAACUCAAAUAAUGACCAAGUAUUGCAAAGUAAUGAGACUGUGUCAAAAAUAAUGAUGAGUUAAUGUCUCAAAUGACUUAGUACUUCAAAAUGAUCAGAAACUUUCUCAAAAUAAUGACUUAUCUCAAGUAAAUGACUUAGUAUCAAAAUAAUGAACCAAUAUUGCAAAAUAGUGACUUAGUAUCUCAAAAAUAUUUUCUCAAAAUUGAGUUAGUAUCUGAAAAUGAGUUAGUGUUUCAAAAUAAUGAGAAACUUUCUGAAAAUAAUUACUUAACAUCUCAAAAUAAUAAAUUAGUGUAUCAAAUUAAUGACUUAGUAUCUCAAAUUAAUGACUUAGUAUCUCAAAAUAAUGACUUAGUAUCUCAAAUUAAUGACUUAGUAUCUCAAAAUAAUGACUUAGUAUCUAAAAUUAAUGACUUAGUAUCGCAAAUUAAUGACUCAGUAUCUCAAAAUCAUGACUUAGUAUCUGAAAUUAAUGACUUUGUGUCCCCCAAAAAAAGAAAAAAAGACUUAGUAUCUGAAAAUAAUGACUUAGUAUCUCAAAUUAAUGACUUAGUAUCUGAAAUUAGUGACUUAGUGUCUGAAAAUAAUGACAUAGUAUCUCAAACUGACUUAGCAUCUGAAAAUAAUGACAUAGUAUCUCAAAAUGACUUAGCGUCCGAAAAUAAUGACAUGGUAUCUCAAAAUGACUUAGUGUUCAAAAAUAAUGACUUAGUAUCUGAAAAUAAUGACUUAGUAUCUCAAAUUAAUGACUUAGUAUCUCAAAAUGACUUAGUAUCUGAAAUUAAUGACUUAGUAUCUGAAAUUAGCGACUUAGUGUCUGAAAAUAAUGACAUAGUAUCUCAAAAUGACUUAGUAUCUGAAAAUAAUGGCUUAGUAUCUCAAAUUAAUGACUUAGUAUCUCAAAAUGACUUAGUAUCUGAAAAUAAUGACUUAGUGUCUGAAAAUAAUGACAUAGUAUCUCAAAUUAAUGACUUAGUAUCUCAAAAUGACUUAGUAUCUGAAAAUAAUGACUUAGUAUCUCAAAUUAAUGACUUAGUAUCUCAAAAUGACUUAGUAUCUGAAAAUAAUGACUUAGUAUCUCAAAUUAAUGACUUAGUAUCUCAAAAUGACUUAGUAUCUGAAAAUAAUGACUUAGUGUCUGAAAAUAAUGACAUAGUAUCUCAAAAUGACUUAGUAUCUGAAAAUAAUGACUUAGUGUCUGAAAAUAAUGACAUAGUAUCUCAAAAUGACUUAGUAUCUGAAAAUAAUGACUUAGUAUCUCAAAAUCAUGACUUAGUAUCUGACAUUAAGGACUUAGUGUCCAAAAAUAAUGACUUAGUAUCUGAAAUUAGUGACUUGGUAUCUGAAAAUAAUGACUUAGUAUCUAAAAUCAAUGACUUAGUAUCUCAAAAUAAUGACUAAGUAGUUCAAAUUAAUAAAUUAGUAUCUCAAAAUUAGAAUUUUUCUCAAAACGUGUUCUUUCAAAAUAAUGACUUUUUAUUCUGAAUUGAUGACUUAGUAUCUUAAAAAUGAGAAUUCCUUAAAAAAAGGAAAAAAAAGUCAAAGACUAAUGACACAUUAAUUUGAGAUACUAUGUAACUUUUUAGAGAUAAUGAGAGUUUGUCAUUAUUUUGCGACAAGUUAUUAUUUUUCAAUGUUAAUUACCUUGCAAUACUAAGUUAUUAUUUUGAGAUACUUGGUUGUUAUUCAAGAAAGUCUUUCAUUGCAAUGAGUCACAGGAUUUUGUGUUUUUCAUUAUUUUGGCACAAAUGUGCUUCCAUAAGAAUCACACAACUUAAUAUUUAACAAAUAGAAACAGGAAUUAUAGAAUUAAAAGUAAUCAGAUCCUCAGCAAUCAGCGACAAGAACAGGUCUCAUUCAAAUGUAUGAGGGAACAUUAUAGUAGAAAGCAACUUUUGUAAGUAAAGUCAGGAAAUGUUUAACAAUUGUCAGCAGCAUCAGAGAAAGCCUCCAUUUAAGUUUAAAUUACACAUUAAAGAUUUAAAGCCUCAUUAUUACUGACAAUUUAAGUGUCUCCUACACAUCAAACCUACGUUAUUUCAGUGAUUCAUCUCUCCUGUGAGCAGUGUUAAAGCACCUUUCAUCCACAAGUUUCACAUUAAUCAGCACUUUGUCUUUUCUAUUUUAUCGUGUGUUGGACAUUUCAUACUGUGUUAAAUGGUCACAAAAAACAGUGGUUGGCUACAGAGAUUAACUUCCUAAUGGACAGGAGGGAGCAGUAAUUUUAGAAAGAUAGAAGAUAUAUCUUGCCAAAAAAGUAAGUUAUUAUUUCCAUCUUCAGGGUUUCAGUCAGUUUUAUUUUUUUAUUUUUUUUUGUUGUUGUUUGUUUAGUUUUAUUUAUGUUUGUAACAAGAAUUCACAUUUUGUAUUUGGGAAUGUGAGAAAUGAAAUGUAAGAACUCCAGAUGGCCAAAUCAAAAUAAAAACAACUAUAUUUGAUAUGUUUUUUAAAGCGACCUCCUUCAAACUUUAAGGGAUCAUGUUUUGGUUUAUUUUUGCCAUCAACUACAUUUAGACAAAAAAAUCUAAACACUUUCUUGAGUCCUUCUGUUGCAGAAAUCUGCUGGGAUUUUAGAUUGCUAAAUGAUCGAUAUAUUUCAAUAUUUUAAAUUUCAGAUCAAAGCUGCCUAUAGCCGCUAUUUUUGUGACGAUAGAUUAAUUUUAAAUUUAAGAUCAAAUCUGUGCAGACUAACAUCUAACCAAAGACCUGAUCAGGGGACUUUUGAGGGAAAGUGUUAAACAGCAUUUAGAAAGUCUCGUCAUGUCUGCAUGACAUCUGUGUAUUUGUGUGUGUGUGUGUGUGUGUGUGUGUGUGUGUGUGUGUGUGUGUGU